AUGGGCGGCAAGACCACGGUUAGCCGCGGGCCUACGGCUCUUCCCAAAUCCCGUGGCACCGGAUUUGAGGAGUAUUUUGCCGAUCCCCCCAUGACACCUGCCGAGGCUAAGGAGGAAAGAGAAAACAUCUACACCCCCCGCAUCCAGUCAUGCAUCCAGCGCUUCCGCUCCCGUCGCCGCAUCACCGGCACCGAGCCAACCCAGCUGUUCAACCAAUACCUCUUUCUCGGCGGCGUUGACACCUCACCCCGCCUGUUCGGCGGCAACAUCGACGCAGAUACCGAGGGCAUGACCCCCGACGAGCGCCGAACUGCAACCGCAACUGACGUCGUCUACACCUCCGGCGGUGGCAGCCGCUUCUACAACGCAGAUGAGCCUGAGGGCUGGGACGUCGACUUCGCCGGCGUGGCCGCGGGCUUCUUGUCGGAGAACCUUCCUGCCAUGGCUAACUGGGACUACUUGCGAAUGGGCAAGGCGAUCGGAAUCAUUGAGAACUUCCUUACCUACAUCCUGCAGCACGAUGUCUGCCCCGAGUACACCGCCAACAUCAAGGAGGCCAUGGCCCUUUGCAACUUGGCCAAGAUCGAUCUGCCUCUGGCGCACCAGGCUCUCAUCCACUUCCCCGGACAGUUCAACCUGGCGCUGUCUGAGCUGUUUUGCGAGGGUUUCGACUACAUCCAUGACGACGACACCGCUGGGUUCGCCCGCCCCAAGGACUUUGACCCUACUGCGGUGGUGAAGCUGGCGAUGGGAGUCGGCAUGAUCUGCAUGGGCGUCGACAAGACCAAGGCAACGUCUCUGAUCCAUGCGGUCAACAAUCCCAAGACGAGCAAGGUCAAGAUGAUCUACGAGGAAGAAAUCAGCAUGGAGGUAGUCAACAUUCACCGCGCCAGCUCCUCUGUCCGCGAAAUUAUCGCUGGCGUUCGAACCAACGGAGGCAUGCCUAACGGAUUCGCCCCCAUGGGCAAGCUUGUGCUUAAGCCAUGCAUCAUUGAGGAUGGCUAUGAUCAUGGAAACUACGCAGACGCGUCCGACGACGAAACUCACACUUUCCUUGUGGAUGACGACAUCCUGGCUCGCAUGAUGCCCGGCUUCAAGCUGCAGCUGUGCGUUGUCCAUCUCAACAAUGGCGUGUCGUUCAUCAAGCAGGUCAAGGCUGUUCUGGUAUCGUGGCACACGUACCUCCCCCAGAACCUCAUGACGCACUUCAAGGAGCCCGUUGAGAAUGAUCGACCUGCUCCGACGGUGAAGAACCCCAACGCCGAGGAUUACAAUGACUCGUUCGACAAGAGCUUGUCCGACGAGUAG